AUGAAAUUGGCCAAUAUCUUUUAUUUAGCCACUUUUGGCCUUAACGACUCCCAAUCCCAGCAGACCAUCGUUCAUCCUGGUCUGCUGCAUAGUGAUAGAGACUUUGCUCGAAUCCAAGGUUAUAUCGCUGCCAAAACCCAGCCUCAAUAUCAAGCUUGGCUCAACCUGGCUGCUGCUGCCAAUCCAGAUUAUGUUCCAAGCCCGCAAGUAUAUGUGUGCAGAGGAGAUUCCGAUUGUACCCAGAAUUAUCCCUCCCUAUAUAGGGACAUCGCUGCGGCCUAUGCAAAUGCCCUUACCUGGAGAAUCAAUGGAACAACCGCCAAUGCCGACGCUGCGGCCAGGAUUCUGGAUGCAUGGAGCUCAACCCUCACGGAGGGCAUUCUUGGGAGCGCGGAUCGAUUCCUGGCAGCCGGACUCUACGGGUAUCAGCUUGCUAAUGUUGCCGAAAUCUUGCGGGAAUAUCCUGCCUGGACUGGACUUGAUGCCGUGAUAGAAAUCCUAGUCAAGUACUUUUAUGCUGAAAACAUCGACUUUCUGGUCAACCAUAACGGUGCAUCAAUAGACAACUACUGGGCAAACUGGGAUCUUUGCACCCUUUGUUCGAUUCAUAGUAUUGGUGUCCUCUCUGAUAAUCAAACGAUGAUCGAUGAGGCGAUUGAUUAUUUCAAGAACGGUACGGGUAUGGGCGCUCUCCUCAACGCCAUCUGGUAUAUUUCUACGGAAGAAGGCUCCGACAAACCUCUUGGUCAAGGCCAGGAAGCUGGUCGCGACCAGGGACAUUCAACUCUGGAUUUUGCUCUGCUCGGCGUGCUCGCCCAACAAGGCUAUAACCAAGGAGUUGACCUAUUCUCUCUCUACUCCAAUAGGAUCCUUGCAGGCUCGGAAUAUGCUUUCAAGUACAAUGUUUACGAAGACGUUCCCUUCGAAACCUAUACAAAUAUCCAUGGCACUGCCACAGGUAUCAGCCCGGCAAGUCGCGGAGACAUUCGUCCGAUAGCAGAGCUGCUCUACGCACACUAUAACGGCGUCAUGGGUUUGAAUGCUUCUUGGACCGGCCUGUAUCGCGAUUUGGUCGUCAAUGCCAGUGGAGGCGCUGAAGGAGGUGGUGGCGACUACGGGUCGACCAGCGGUGGCUACGACCAGCUGGGCUGGGGGACGAUCCUGUAUCGUCGGGACUAGAAUAAUGAGGCAGAAAUUGGUGCUUUCAUCAUUCGUUCCCCCAGCUAUAGCCUUAACUCAACGCAAGACUGGCGUGGGUGCAUUUUUCUUAUAUUUCCUCGCCCCCGGGAUAUUCAACCAUCCGACAAGUACACUCGCUUAUUGAGACCCUUAAUCACUCCCUGCAUUUCCAAAGCUGCCCAUAUAAUUAUGGGUUAU